CGCUAAACCAACAUGCGCAGUGAACGGUCGGGUAUAGAUCAGUUGUAGUCGAGACUUCACAGUGAACAGACGUCGUACAGAUACAAGAUGACCGCCGCUGUUCUUCUGCUUGUCGCCUGCCUCAGCUCGGCCCACGCUUGGGGUGGACUCUUCAACCGCUUCAGCUCUGAUAUGCUGAACAACUUGGGCUACGGCCGCUCUCCAUACCGCCAUUAUCCUUAUGGACAGGAUGCCGAGGAGAUCUAUGCGGAAGCUCUCGAGGGGAACCGCAUUGAGGAUGUUGAUGAUAGCCAUUGCUACAGCGCCGCUUGCAUCUCCAACGGCGACUGCUGUCGCGGACUGACCUGCUUGGAGACAGAGGACGGAGGGCGCUGUCUGCCGGCUUUCGCUGGACGUAAGCUGGGAGAAAUCUGCAACCGCGAAAACCAAUGUGAUGCUGGACUCGUCUGCGAGGAGAUUGUUCCAGGCGAAAUGCAUGUCUGCCGCCCGCCCGCCCCCGGUCAUAAGCAAUACAACGAGGAAUGCUCUACAUCCAGUGAAUGCGACAUCACUCGAGGACUCUGCUGCAUCAUGCAACGUAGACAUCGCCAGAAGCCCCGCAAGAGUUGCGCUUACUUCAAGGAGCCGCUCGUCUGCAUCGGCCCGGUAGCUACAGACCAGAUACGCGAAAUCGUUCAACAUACAGCCGGCGAAAAGAGAAUUGGCGUCUACAGAAUGCACUAAACGACUAAUCUUACGAGUAAUGAUCGUAUUCGCCGACACGGACACUAAAAAGAUAUGCAAGCACGAAAAACGGCCGCCGAUACAACGUUUAAAAUAUAAUUUUUGAGAUUAUUGAAGUUAAAAAAAAAAAAAUUUUUUUUUUUUUUGGUAGGACGUGACUUCAAAAUUUCGAUCGUUUCUAGAUUAAAGUUAUCAAUGUUAUCGUAUGAAUGUUAAAUCAUUAUAUAAAAAAUAUUUAAUCCUUAUAAUAAAUUAGGUUAAAAUUAACUAAACAUAUCCCACUGGCUGAGGCAUUUAUAUAAAAAAAAAAAUUUUUGAUGUUUAAAAAUAGGUUAGCGUAAGAUUUUUCCGCUUGAUAUAAUUCUAAAUUUAAAAAAUAUAUAUAUAUAAGUAAUUCGAUUACUUUAGGUGCCUAGGAGACAUAUCAUUAUUAUAACAAAAAAAAAAGUUAAUAUAAUCAUAUAUAAUCAAAAUUUCAACAUAUCAAUCUCAUUAAGCCAUUAAGACUAAGUCUAUGUCCGUAUAUUUUCAUAAACAUGUAUAAUCAGAGCAUAUUUUUCUGCCAAAAUAAUAAAAAAAAAAAAAAAUUGUGGCCUAAAUUUAAAUCACAUCCAGAAUUUAAAUAUUUACUGUGUUAUGUCGUUACUGUAACUAUAAUCAGUGUGUUACAAAAUACAUAUUAUGUCUGCAA